UACAGUACAAAGUACAAAUAACUAGAGAUAUCACUACAUGGUAAGGGUAAUUUGUGUUAUUGACUUGACUCUUUGUUCAUUGAAGCGGGGCGACAUUUUGUUACUACUGGAACUAGUUUGUCUGCAACAAGAGCAAACCAACUAAAAACUUUGUUUUAUUCUUCAGUCAAAAAUGCGUCCUAGAAUUCAAGUCAAAUAUGUUACAGAACACAUGAAGUAUUUAAAAGAAAAUAUAAAAGUCAUUAAACCUGAGGUUGAAGCUUUACAAAUUGCAGUACAAAACAGCAAGACUUGGUUGGAAGAUAAAAGUGACAACAAAUCUUUGACAUACUGUGAUCUAUGCCAAGAACUUGAAUCAGCAACCACAGCCAUGUUGGAUGUAGCGGAACAUAUUUUAAACGAAAAUAAAAACACUGUAGAUACUGAAGGGAGGUCAUUUUCAUGUCAGUCUACACCACAAACUACAGCAACAGAAGACCACGGCAGUAGUGAAUCAACAGAUCAUAAUCUUAAAGAACUUCAUCAAUUAUCAGAUGAAGACAACAUGGAUGUCAACAAACCAACGCCAUCUUUACCACAGCCUGACACACAGACAACAGCAACAUUUCUAACAGUAGAAUCAACAAAACAACUCAAGACUCAAGUCCAACUUACAGCUGUUGAAGAACAUUCUGACCUAGAGCGUAGACUCGCCUAUAUUGAAACAACACUAUCUUCACUAAAGGAUACACAACACAAGUCUACAAAUGACAUAUCAGAAAUAAAACAAUGGAGAGACAACUUUGUAACAGAACAGAGUGACGUGGAGGUAAACAUUAAACAACUGACUAAAAAACAAAAGCAGAAUUUUAAAAACCUCAGAAAACAAAUGAGUGAACAAGAUAACAAAGUAAAGGAGCUGAACAAAGAAAUUGAAAGUUUAAAAGAAAAAGAAUCCAGGCCAAACAAAACACAAGAGAAACUGCCUCUAGAUAUGAAAGAAUAUGAAAACAAAGUGCGCGAAAUAAACAAAGAGAUGCAAGAUAUAAGAGACAGUAUGAAAGAAGGAAUUAAAAGCCAUUCUGAUUUGAUUGUUUCUUUACAAGAUGAAAAUAAUAAAAUCUUGGACAAAACAUCAACCCAAUUUGAAAAGUUACAAUCAAAGCACAAUGUAAUGUAUAAACUCCUACAACAAAGAUUGAUGCCCAUUGACAAACUGAUUCAAAUCUUUAACAAGAACUUUGAAACUAGGGAAGAAAAAUUAAAUAAGCUGGGUGAACUUGAAACUAAUAUUUCAAAGUUGUCUAACGAUUUUCAUCUCAUAGAGUCAUGUGUAGGUCACAGAUAUGCUUGUCAUGUGAAGCUUGAUAGCACACCUAUCAGUGUUGGAUUAAUUAUUUCAAGAUUCUGGGAUGUACAUGAAUAUAACGGUCCACAUUUUAAUCGAACAACAGGAAAAUUUGUAUCACCACAUGAUGGUUUAUAUCUUGUCUGUGUCAGUCUAAGUGAAAGGGAAGGUAAACAGAUUGGAGUUAGCGUGAUGGCUGGAAGCAGGUGCUGUACGCCAAUAGAAGUGAAAUGUGCAAGAACUAGCGCUGCUGGGUCAGUGGUUGUUGACAUGAAAAAAGGUCAAGAAAUUUACCUUGAAGUGUUUCAAGCAGAUCAAGGCGCAUCUUUAUCCUGCUAUAGUAGUUUUACUAUCGUUAGUUUAUAG